CUUCGUACAUUCGGUAUUUGUUCAGUUUUGUUGAAUGUACUUCAAGCACAUUCGAAUCUCGUUUAUUUGAAAUCGAUAUAUUCAAAAGAAAAAUGAAAACUAUGAAUACUAUCGUGGUUCUUCUUGCCUUGUGCAUUUGUGUUGGUGCAAUGACACUUAAAGAAUUGCAAAUCAAACUACAUUAUGUGCAGCGAAUUUGUAAAACAGAAUUUGAUAUUGAUGAACAAAAAGCAGAUGACGUUAAUGAAGCCACUUUCGAUGUACAAGAUGUGAAAUCUCAAAUCUACUCUAAAUGCAUAAUAGAAGAAUUCAACGGAGUUGAUGAGAACAAAAGGUUAAACGAAAAUGUAGUUAGAGAUGUAGUGUCAAUAUAUUUGGACGAAAAUGAUGUUAAUCAAUUAAUUGCCGAAUGUUCACUUAUCUCUGAUACCAACAUAUAUUUAAGAUUUAGUAAAUUAAUGAUGUGUUUGGAGAAAUAUAAAACAAUGAAAGAAAUCAUAAAUCUCUAAACAUUCACCUGUCAAAAGAUUUAUUCAUAUUUACGAUUUAUUUCCUUGCUUUGAUUAUAAAGAAUUAACGAAUUAUAAAUAAUAUAAUUUUGAAUAAUGAUUUUGAAAUAACGAAUUAUAUUAAUAAAUUAACAUACGAUUA